UAUUAAAGGUCCUAAGAAGAUCUCCCGGGUCCUUUGAGAAGCAGUUAAGGAAACAGUGUGCCCUCCAUCAUAUUCUGUUACCGUAUUUUAUUCGGACUCCAAAGGAAAGUGUCGCUUGGGGGAGGGGGAAGCACUUUGAUGAGCGGCGGCCGCGGCCCCUUUUCACUCAGCGGGCUCCCCCUUCCUUCUCCUCCUCCUCCUCCUCCUCCUCCUCCUCCUCCUCCUUCUCCUCCUCCUCCUCACCCAGAGCCCAGUCCGCUCUCGGUGCCCGACCUCGCGGCCCCGGCAGCGCUGGCGCUCCCCACCGCGACGCGCCUGGCGGCUCCUUGACUCGCCCUUACACUUACUCCUGUUCAAACUUUUCACUCCGCCUGUUGGGAUGGAGGGGAGGGGGGAUUAGGAAAAGGAGUAGGAAUUCCUCGAAAGGGAGUAAAGUGGCGCCUAAUAUUCAGAAGGAGGUGCCACUUACAUGAAUUGCCUUGCUCAGGGUUGGGGCGAAAACAUAUUUUGGGCGCUUUGAAAAGUCCACACAGGCACACGGGUUUGAGAAGUUUGUUCGGCCGGGAAACGGGCUUCGCCAGUACGAACAAUCCGGGGAAACCCCAGAAGGUUCCUUCAGCGGUAUGUGAGAAAGAAAUUGAGGGCAGGGGUCUGUGGCCACGUUUUCCACCAGACUGUCCCUGGUAGAAGGAGAUCGGGAAGAAGACAGAGAAUGAGUAUGAAAGAGAAAGUUUCCUUCCUAUCAGAAUCUUUCGAUUCAGAAGCAGUGUGUGUGUAAGGGGUAGCAGACGCUGGCUUCCAACAUUUCAGAAGAAGCGUCUAAGAUUUGCAAACACCCUUCGUGGGGACUGUGAACCCCAGGAGACACCGAGGAGUAGGUUGGCUGCCCCGCGCGGGUCUGUGUGAGGGCGCGAGGUAGAUGGUGAGCGGCCCCGGCAGCUGAGGGCAGGUAAGGAGAAACCCGUGGGGCCGCCCUAGACUCCGGGAGCUCGUCGGUUGUUCUUACCUCCCCUUCCUCAAACGGGCCCCCGCUUCCUGGGUCCCCGGCAGGUGGGCGGGGCUGGGGAGCGGCCUCGCUCCCCUCUUGGUGUGCGGAAGACCCGAGAUCUCUGCGUUGGCCCCGCGCCCCCUCCCCCGCCUCCUCCGAAGUAACCAAGUGCUAAGUUUGAAGAAAGUCUUUGAAAACUCACGCUGCAGCCUAGCAGAGACGCCGCGUUUUGACGUCCCAUACUCUUUGGGCCCUGGAGCCCUGGCUGUUUCCCUCUCUCACCCUUCCCUGCAAACUGUGUUCCCCCAGCCCAGACCGUGGGUUCUGAUGGAUAGGAGUAGGGUGGCUUCUUUAGCUCUUACUGCUCUCCCUGAACUCCUAGCCCGGGGCCCAGGCCUGCUUUGGAUUCCCGCGACGCGGGGUGAAGCGACAGGUACCCCGGGGGGCCCCGGUCCCACUCCCCCAGCUCUAUUUCCUACCCUCUGAGAAUAGCGCCUCUGGUUGGAGGCAAUCGGGGAAGCGAGGCUUCGACUUUCCAGUGCGGGUCAGCGCGAGCUCUGCCGCCGAGGCCUACUUGUCUCAAUCGGGUUAUGGGGCCGCGGGUUCAUCUAGUAGGAUAGGAAGGGAGUACACCAGAACGCUGCACUGAGGCCUCCCAAAUCCGUGAGACCUUUUGGGGAGCUCGGCGGGUCACCUUUCAGCCUCCGCCGGGACGACAUUGUCCGCAGCCAGGACCGGGCAGAAAGAAGGACCCGCUCGCAUUCGCGAAGAAGGGCCUGCGGCGGUGGCCAGGCGCCCCUGACCUCCCGCCGCGUCUUAGAGCCGCCACCUCUACAGUGGCCCCUUCUGCGUCUUCUGGCCGCCUCUGCGGGCCCUGGGCCUGUAACUGCGGUUAAGGUGUGGUGGGAUUCCCGGCCGGGCCCCCAGGCGCCAAAGAGCUUGAAGGACUGCGCAGUGGGAGCCCCGCACUGCGCCAGGCCCCGGCCCCCUGGAUCCGUCGGGGCGCCUCCACCCAGCUGUUAGCAUGAUGUCUUACCUCAAACAACCCCCAUACGGCAUGAACGGGCUGGGCCUGGCCGGGCCAGCCAUGGACCUCCUGCAUCCUUCCGUGGGCUACCCCGCCACCCCGCGGAAGCAGCGGCGGGAACGCACUACCUUUACACGCUCACAGCUGGACGUGCUCGAGGCGCUCUUCGCCAAGACUCGUUACCCUGACAUCUUCAUGCGCGAGGAGGUGGCGCUCAAGAUCAACCUGCCGGAGUCCAGAGUUCAGGUCUGGUUCAAGAACCGCCGUGCCAAAUGCCGCCAGCAGCAGCAGAGCGGGAGCGGGACCAAGAGCCGCCCAGCCAAGAAGAAGUCGUCCCCGGUGCGGGAGAGCUCGGGCUCGGAAAGCAGCGGCCAGUUCACGCCUCCCGCUGUGUCCAGCUCCGCCUCGUCCUCCAGCUCAGGAUCCAGCGCCUCCGCCAACCCAGCGGCGGCAGCGGCGGCAGGCCUGGGCGGGAACCCGGCGGUGGCAGUCCCGUCGUCGUUGAGUACGCCGGCUGCCUCAUCCAUCUGGAGUCCGGCCUCCAUCUCGCCGGGCUCAGCGCCCGCGUCGGUGUCAGUGCCCGAGCCCUUGGCCGCGCCUAGCAACGCGUCGUGCAUGCAGCGCUCGGUUGCUGCAGGCGCCGCCUCGGCUGCAGCCUCUUAUCCCAUGUCCUACGGCCAGGGCGGCAGCUACGGGCAGGGCUACCCCGCGCCCUCGUCUUCCUACUUUGGCGGCGUGGACUGCAGCUCCUAUCUAGCGCCCAUGCACUCGCACCACCACCCGCACCAGCUCAGCCCUAUGGCACCCUCCUCCAUGGCCGGCCACCAUCACCACCAUCCUCACGCGCACCAUCCGUUGAGCCAGUCCUCAGGCCAUCAUCACCACCAUCAUCACCACCACCACCAGGGCUACGGCGGCUCAGGGCUCGCCUUCAACUCUGGCGACUGCUUGGAUUACAAGGAGCCUGGCGCCGCCGCUGCUUCCUCGGCUUGGAAACUCAACUUCAAUUCGCCCGACUGUCUGGACUAUAAGGACCAAGCCUCAUGGCGGUUCCAGGUCUUGUGAGCCCAGGAGUGGGAGGAAGAGGAGAUGAAACGCAACUACCUGCGCCCUCCGUGGUCCCCGUCCUGUUGCUGCUGCUGCACCGCCCGCCUUUGCCUCGGCUUCUGCAGACCUGAAUUUUCAUGCCCCUGAAAGAUGCCCUUUGCCUGCACUGCCGCCCUCAUCUUUCUGCCACUUUGUUUGGGGGAUGUGCAGACCCGCCCACCCCUUGGAUGAGGGGACAGGUGCUUUGGCUUGGCCCACAAGUUCUAUAUGGGGAGAGCUGUGUGCUCUCUUCCUCAUCCCCUAACGAACUCCUAAGUCACUCUCCUCUGGUGUUUCUGGGCAGUUAUUAUGCACUUGCAGCCUUCGGAGGCUCUUGCUCUGACUCUCUGUUUGAACCGUACACUUUUAUUUAUUCUUUCUGGACACUGGAAUCACUAACUGGCAUGUGUCUGCCCACUGGAGUGCACCCACACUCUACCCCAAAUCAAAACAACCGCUAAGUGUUUCUCGCUUGCAGACUACCGCCCCUUCAGCAGCCCUUGGUCCCGCUCCCCGGCUGCAGGCCAGAGCUUUCCGGCGUCUUCUCCUCCCCAGCGGGAUGCGCUGGGGCACGGCUGGAGGGAGGAGCGCGUCCCUAGCCUCUCGCGCACAGCCCCGCCCUGCGUAGAACUGGCUCAAGCUUCCGCCUCGGCGGGAAUGCUGUACAUAGUCGGGUCCGUUCCAGGGACCACUUAAACUUUUUAGUUGCUGUUGGUUGAACUGAGCAUAUCUCGUCUUAGCGCCCAGGAAAUAGAACUUUAAGAUAUAUACAGCAUAUAUAUACAUAUAUAUACACACAUAUAUAUAAAACAAAAGCAAAAAAUAUUUUCCCUCUGUCCCCCUCCCUCUCUUCCUUAAACGAUGGCGCUUUUAUUUUUUCAGUUGUUGCAAAGCUGUCCUGCUCUCUCACACCUUCUCCCUCUGUGUAUUUAUUAAAGAGAACCUUUUGGUUCCAGGAAGCUGGGCGCGGAGGAUAGAGAGGGUCCGAGAGUGUGAAGGAAACGACCAAGUCAGGGUACAGGGGAGGGGGCUAGGCUGGGCGGGGACGCAGGGCUGAGCCCUUCACCCGGUCGAAGCACAGAAUCGCAGUUCCGGUGUAGAGACCAAUCACAAAACAAAACAAAACAAAACAAAACAAAAAACAAACAAAACUACGGCAUUAUGGAAAAACAAACAAGUCAACCCAGGCCCCAAACCCUAGUUCCAAUUCCUCUGUCGGCUUCUCUCUUUUUAAACAACCCUGUUUCGUCUAGUGAGUUUUUAGUGCACCUUCAUUCUCCGAAAUCUGCGGAGAGCCCGCGCCUGUGUAUCAAUUUUGGCUUUGGCCUUUUCGUCCAGUAGGUGGGAAAGUAAUUUGUAAAUUUGAUUUGUCCGAUGUGAAGAUCACAAAUUACUUGUUGAAAUGUAAGGCAGUCCCCCUCCUCCCCUUUUAUCUACAUUAUUUCCCGAAAAUAAAUGCAAAUUAAUGAA